UUGGUGGUCGUAAUGAGUGAGGAAGGUGCUGCUGAUGUUCUGGUAGCUGCUACGGAAGAGAGCCGAGAUAUAAACGGUAUUUCCCAGAAAGAUAGAGGUAUCACCAACAACUUGAACUUUCUGAACAUUGAUUCAAGCCUGCAGUCACCCACAUCGAAUGUUAAAAAACUUGAAAAAUGUAAAAUCAAAACACCCGCAUCGAAACUCUUUAAGAACUCCAUUCGAACACCUAGAAAAGAUGGAUCACCACGACCAAUGCGAUCCAGUUCGGCUCAUGGUAGUGGGUUACGCAGAGCACGGGACUCUCCUCAAGGUUCUCCAACAAUUGAACAAUCAAUUGCCUUAAACCUAAAAGCAGAAAUCGUGCAUAAGACUUUAGAUAGUCGAGAAAGUACAAAUGGAAUGGAUGCUGUUAAACACAUGGACCCACAUUACUUCGACCGAGGCUUCUCGUCCAAUGCAUCGUCACGAUUAUCACGUGGACUGAUAGCUUAUCCUCUUGUUUAUGUUUCACCGGCUGGUACGAUCUCAACGAUCCUGUCUGCUGAUUUAGUUAUUGAAAUGUCUGUGGAUCGCAGCAUAAGAAUCGUUCAUCACAAACAUUUUGUGGUAACAAUUUCAAACUUUUCUGGAAGUACAUCAGCUAUUCUUCAUGGCAAGUCAAAGAUUAUUCAUACUAAAGAUAGUAUAUUUUCGAAAUUCACGUCUUCGAUCAAUAAGAUUGCUGUUCUCGGUAGAGAGGGAGUUUUGUUUACUAUGAGCCACUUGUUUGAAGCGUAUCUGAUGAAUAUAAAGGGUGUCUCAUCUAUACCAAUUAGCCAAUUGAGUUUUCCUUCAUCACACAAAAAUGAUUAUACUCUCAAGAUGUUCUAUUCCGAAGCUCAAACUGGCAAUCAGUUUAUGAUGCUUUGUAAUGAGAUCGUGGAUCAAGCUAUGUACGAUCGUAAGCCUGAUGGAUCGGUGAUCAUGCACCUGAAUGGAUUUCACUUGAAAUAUCAGCCAUCGGGGUGUUUAACUAUUGAGAGCCGACCACGUUUCUUCAGCUUCGAUCCGACCAACGAGUCGAUACAUCUUCGCACAUCGCACAUCGACGUAGCGAUACAGUCCGAAGACAAAGCUUCGGUGAAAAGCGGUGUCAAAAGAGUUCACGUAUCACGCUCGGGUAUGGUUGUAUCUGAUGGCAACAGUGUAACGUCCAUGAAUCACUAUGGACAGAUUCUAUCAUGUGCGUCCAUUCUGCCAAAGUAG